ACACGGUAGAGUUGGGACCUCAAUUUAAAAUAAUUUGUAUACAAGCACAAAGCGUUUCCCACUGCAAUGCAGCUGCUAUGAGCAGCUGCUGGAAUAAAAGAGCGUUAUAUUUCCCCGACUCAGUCCUUUCCCAGGUACACCACGGAGGGACAGUUCGAUUUGACCAGAGUAGGAGGGAGGGCCUGGCAAGUGGGUGAAGUCGCACGCGGCGCUCCCCUUCUGCGCAUGCGCAGGGGAGUACCAGCUUCCGGAAAGACGUCUGGGACUCUGGGUUUGCGCAGUCGCAGAGCUUCCUCAAGGCGGAACUGGGGCGUUAGGACCUUCAGCAACUUAAACACCCGGUGUAAAAGGAGGGCGGCAGCCGCGGAGCGGGGCGCAUGCGCGGGCAGAUUGCUCUCGUGAAGGGUUGAGAGCCGAACCGGGGCUGCCAGCUGGGCUCGGAGCGGCGCGGGGUCAGGAUGGAGGAGGACGUGCUGACCACCCUGAAGAUCCUCAUUAUUGGCGAGAGCGGCGUGGGCAAGUCCAGCCUGCUCUUGAGGUUCACAGAUGAUACUUUUGAUCCAGAACUUGCAGCAACAAUAGGUGUUGACUUUAAAGUGAAAACAAUUUCAGUGGAUGGAAAUAAGGCUAAACUUGCAAUAUGGGAUACUGCUGGUCAAGAGAGGUUCAGAACAUUAACUCCCAGCUAUUAUAGAGGUGCACAGGGCGUUAUAUUAGUUUAUGAUGUCACAAGAAGAGACACCUUUGUUAAACUGGAUAAUUGGUUAAAUGAAUUGGAAACUUACUGCACAAGAAAUGACAUAGUAAACAUGCUAGUUGGAAAUAAAAUUGAUAAGGAAAAUCGUGAAGUUGAUAGAAAUGAAGGCCUCAAAUUUGCACGAAAGCAUUCCAUGUUAUUUAUAGAGGCAAGUGCAAAAACCUGUGAUGGUGUACAGUGUGCCUUUGAGGAACUUGUUGAGAAGAUCAUUCAGACACCUGGACUGUGGGAAAGUGAAAACCAAAAUAAAGGGGUCAAACUGUCACACAGGGAAGAAGGCCAUGGGGGUGGAGCCUGUAGUGGUUACUGUUCUGUGUUCUAAACUCUGGGAAACUCUAUCUCUUGCAUAUUUGAUUAGAUAGUGACAUCUUUCUGUAUAUAAACUCUUUAACUGCUAUUUUAGGGAGCUUGCAGUUUGCACAUAUUUGUUUUCUAUCAUGGCAGUAAAUAUUUGCAAGAAACCCCACUCAUCGGCUUUCCCAGGUGAAAUGUUAAUGAUAAGCAUGCACAGUUUGCAGUCUGCAGUUUUUUAUGUAACAUAAAAGAGGUGUACCUUUGUAAGUACAUUUGGUUUUAUGAUUUAUGUUUAUCAUGUGACUUAAAAACCCCACCCAUCUAGUAUAUGUUGAUAUAAGGUCUACUUUUGGUCUCCAUUUGGCUUAAAUACUCCUAUUGAUUACUGAAUUAACUGGUAUGUAGAACCCCUAGAUCUGCUAGGAGAUAUACACAGGUAUCCUCCAACCUGGCAAAUGUCCUUUGAGAAAUAAACAAGAGCAUGAUUCCACAGCUUUUCCAGGAUAUUUGCUGAUAGAUGUUCUUUUAGUACUAAGCAAAAUUCUUUUUACAGGAUGUAGUCCAGGCCAAUUUAUAAGUGAAUGUGUUUAUUCUGAUGAUGCUUCUAAAAUAGCAUUAACAUGUUAAAGAAGUUUGGUCUUACUUUCUAAUUUACUUCAAUGAGUAGCUCAGUUGCUUAACUAGAGUUUUAAUUCUGUGACAUGUACAUUGGAGUCAUGAUCCUUUGUUUAGUGUUUUUAGUUAUGUAGUGUUUGGCAGAAUGGCGAUAAGGUUUUCCCCCAUUUUGGUUUCUGAAGGACAUGAAAGUGUUUAUAUAACUCAUGUAGUACUUACCACUUUUAAAACCAACACCUUUUUCCAUAAAUGUUGGUGGUGUUUGUCCAGGUCCUUAAUUGUAGCUUGUGUAAUGUUUAUGAAUAUCUGUAUCUUACACUUCCAUAAAUGGCUAGUUGAUAUUCAAAAACUUAUUUCUGUGUUUUGAGUGUUGGGUUAAAAAGAACACUAAGUAAACACUAAAUGACAGUUUGAGAAAGGUAUAUUGCUUCCAGAUUUUAAUGUGUGUGGGAAAAGAUGUUGCAAUGAAAAUCUUGGUAAUUUACUGUAACAAGUAGGCAAUAAUUAUCACAACCAACUUGUACAGACUAAUGAAUCUUUUCCACAGUAGUCAGUUUUCUAACCUCUUGCUAUUGUACAUUAUAUGUCUUUUUUCACUCAUGUUAUUUAAUUUACCUUGAUCACUGCUAAUUUAAAACACCAAAUAAGUAAUUUGUCCUUUUAGACAAGCCACUAUAAUACCUCUUAGUAAGAUUCUGAAACUGAUUUAUGAGCAAUUUGUUCUCUGUAUACAGUUGCAAAUGAUAAACAUCUUUGUCUGUCACCUUUACAGUAUGUGUGAUAAUCAAUUUAUUUCAAGUUGGGGUCUCUGUGAAAUGUACCUCUUCCCAUAAGAAAACUUUACAUUCUUACUUGGUUCACACUUGUUAGAAUACAUUACAUGUAGUUAAAGGUUUUAUACAUUAUAUAUGUUUUAACUAAAUAUAAAACACUUAAACUACUUUAAUGUUGGAGAAAGGUAGCUAACACAUGUAUUUACGAAAUCAUGUUUGUGUUACAUUCAAACGUAGGUUUGUAUUACUUAGUGUCUGUUGACAAGAUAUUUCUGUUUAUUGCUCUUUGCUCCUUGGUUUACAUAAUAAUCUUUCUGUGCAUUGGAUUGUUGUCUUGAUUUGGUCAGAAUUUGCAUACAUAUGAGUCACCUAACUUUUAAAACUUAAUUUUGUUUGGUACAUAUAUAUUGUAACCUUUUAUAGUUUUUUAAUAAACAUAGCCUGCUUUCCCUAAA